UUUCUUUCUUGCCAUCAAUGAUUUAGAACACCCUUCCCUUUGCAUUUACACAACCAAAAUCUCAACUUUACCAAUUGCCCACCUGCCUCCUCUACUCUCCCUUCGCUAUAUUUCAGGGGGGUAAACAAAACAAAAAUCAAAAUCAAGUGGAAAAACAAAGACUAGAACUAGAAAAGAAAAAAACCAAGAGAAAUGGCUAGUGGAGGAGGGUAUGGAGACCCAAGCCAGAAGAUUGAUUAUGUCUUCAAAGUAGUUUUGAUUGGUGACUCUGCUGUCGGCAAGUCUCAGAUACUUGCUCGGUUUGCCAGAAACGAGUUUAGCUUAGAUUCCAAGGCUACCAUUGGAGUUGAGUUUCAGACAAGAACUCUUGUUAUUGAGCACAAGAGUGUUAAGGCUCAGAUCUGGGACACUGCUGGUCAAGAACGAUACAGAGCUGUUACAAGUGCAUACUACAGGGGUGCUGUUGGGGCAAUGCUGGUUUAUGAUAUAACGAAACGCCAGACCUUUGAUCACAUUCCACGUUGGCUGGAAGAGUUGCGUGGCCACGCUGACAAGAACAUUGUUAUUAUUCUGAUUGGUAACAAAAGUGACCUUGAGAACCAGCGGGCAGUUCCAACAGAGGAUGCCAAAGAAUUUGCCCAGAAGGAAGGACUAUUUUUCUUGGAGACCUCAGCUCUUGAAGCGACUAAUGUGGAGACUGCCUUCUUAACUGUGCUUACAGAGAUCUUCAACAUUGUGAACAGGAAGAACCUAGUUGCUGGUGAGAAUCAGGGAAAUGGUAACCCCGCUUCACUGGCAGGCAAGAAGAUCCUCAUUCCUGGUCCAGCGCAAGAAAUUCCAGCAAAGAGCAACAUGUGCUGUAGAUCGUGAUUUAAUUGGAUUUGUCUCCUAAUGUCAGUUUCUUUUUUAUGCAUUCUUAAUAGCAAUUUUUGAAGGGUGUGGUAUAGUCUGUUUGUAUAUUUACAUUGCAUUAGAUUAGUUUGCAAGGGCAGCUAAUUAACUGCAUGUUCUGAGAUGGAAAAUAGAAAAACAGAAUUUGAAGCUGAGUUGCAGAUUGCUUCAAUGUUGUUUCUUAAAGUUAUAUAUUUUGUCCAUUUAUCCUGUUAAAAUUAUUGUCUUCAACAAAUGGUGUCGAAGAGAGAAUAAGAAAUGAGUUACUUUUAGAAUGAGCA